CGAAGGACAGAAAGAGAUUCGUAUACUUAUAUGUAUCACGUAUCGCUGUCUUUUCGGUAUUCGGAGAAAAAGGGUCCAUCCGAACUGAUUCGCUCUUAAUGAAACUUGAGGGAGUAGCAAUGGAAAAUCCUCUUACCACCAGCAUCCCGUUUGACCAAACGGAGAAUUUGAAUCAUUUCGUGUUCGGAUGGCUUGAUUACACGCUCUUUGGGCUGCUGCUGCUCGUCAGCGUUCUCAUCGGUGUGUACUUUGGCUUCUUCAGCAAGCAAGACAGCACAACGGAGUAUUUCCUGGGCGGUAAACGGAUGGGAUCUUUUCCUGUUGCGAUGAGCAUCCUGGCUAGCCACGUCUCUGGUAUAAGCUUGCUGGGUAUACCCACGGAGGUCUUUCAUUACGGAAGCCAAUAUACCGCGUGCGUCAUCUCGUCGAUUCUCACUGCGGUCAUCACCUGUUAUGUUUUUCUGCCUGUCUUUUACAAAUUGCAACUAACCAGCACUUUUGAAUAUCUGGAGAUCAGGUUCACCAGGCCAGUCAGAAUCCUUUCUUCAGUGCUAUUCACUAUUUCGCUCUUCAUGUAUUUGCCCAUUGUCAUCUAUGUACCUGCUCUCGCCUUCGCACAAGUCAGUAAUCUGAGCGUUCAUGCGAUAACGCCAGUACUCUGUAUCGUGUGCAUCAUUUAUACUAGCAUUGGUGGUCUAAAGGCGGUAGUAUGGUCGGAUACUAUACAAUUUUCCGUAACCGUCGGUGGACUCUUUGUGGUUCUUGUGCUAGGAAUAUUGUCCGUUGGUAACGUUGAAAAAGUGUGGAGGAUUUCCAGUGAAGGCGGUCGUCUUAUUUUCUUUGAUAUGGAUCCGAGUCCAUUGGCGAGGAAUACUUUUUGGAGUAUGACUAUAGGUAUGACGGUAAUAUGGCUCGGGCAUCACGGUGUUCAUCCAGGUACGGUGCAGCGAUUCCUGUCAGUACCUAGAGAAAUUGACGCCAAACACGGCAUGGUGAUUACCGCGAUAGGAUUGAUAAUCGUCAAACUGAUCUGCGUAUUCAUUGGAUUAAUCAUGUUCGCCAAAUAUUAUAAGUGUGAUCCUUUCUUAACGAAGGCGAUUAGUCGCACCGACCAAACUUUACCAUACUACGUAAUGGACGUUGCUGGACAUCUGCCAGGACUUCCGGGAUUAUUCGUAGCGGGUCUAGUAAGCGCUGCGCUCGCAACUCUGAGCGCCAAUCUAAACACCGUGUCCGGUACCAUUUACGAAGACUUUAUAAAUCCGCGGAUUCCAGAUAGUCCCAAGAAAGAAGCUAUGGCUACCAACAUUAUGAAAGGCAUUGUUGUGGUAACCGGAGUGAUCUCAGUUAUUUUGGUGUUCUUGGUCGAGCGACUAGGAUCAGUCUUCCAAAUAGGUGUAAGUAUGCGUGGUGUGACUGACGGACCCUUGCUUGGCCUCUUCGUGUUAGGAAUGCUAGUACCUUGGGCAAACGCGAAAGGCGCGUUGUUCGGAGGUUUCAUCGGUUUAAUCAACAUGCUUUGGCUAGUGGGAGGCGCUCAAUGGCACACCAUGCAUGACAGAAUUAAAUAUGAUUCAUUACCCACGUCGAUGGACAAUUGCCCAUUUAACUUGCCGAAUCAGACCUUUUCGACCAAUCCAGCUACUCAAAUAGACUCCAACGAGAAGCCCAUGAUACUUUUUCAAAUAUCCUUCAUGUACUAUAACAUAAUAGGAGCGGUGAUUGUUGUCGUCGUCGGCACUAUCGCGAGUUAUGUCUUCGGUAUGGAUCUUGAGAGCGUAGAUCCCGAUCAUAUUACACCGAUGAUGAAAAGGUUUCUUCCGUCUCGAAAGUAUGCCCAGGUUUCGGUGAAAGAAGUGCCACCAUCACUCGACAUUGCGCCGGAGAAAAAAAUUAUUCAAAAAUGAAUUGCAAUCACGGUACGCGAAAAAUGAGUUGGAAGAUAAACUCUAUCUGAAAAAUGUAUAUUUAACGCGAAUGAGCGAUAAUCUUCACUUUAAAAGAAUCUCCAUCAGUCGAGUGGCGCCGAUGAUCCAUUCCCAUGUCAACUGACCGGGCCGAGGUUGGGAGCACCAGCCCACAACCAAGAGGUGUCUUUUAUUGAUUAAUAGACGCAUGCGCCAGCUAACUUGCUGUAACACAUAUCAGAUCGCGGUUGUUUUCGAUCUCUCAGUAUCCCAGCAUAUCCCAGUGUUUUUAGUAUCCAUUAUAGGAGACAUCGAUUGGUGUCUUUUCUAGAAAUUUUUGUGGCCAGGAAAAUAAGAUCGAGAAAUGUCUUUGAUAUUAUCCCAGCACAUAUUAUUCUGGAACAGUAUUUAAUUACUAUUAACUUUUUAUCUAUUAAGUAUUUAAUUACUAUUAACUUUCGUUUGAUCGAAAUAAUAAACAAGAUUAUUUUUUGCUGAUCGCUAUUUUUAUAAUAGAUUUUUUUACGUUGUUGGGAAACAAAUUUAAGUAAAUGAACAAAUAAUAUCGAGGGAACCGAUCGAAAUUAGAAUCGUGGAUAUUGAAAAUCAAGUUACGUUCCUGAAAAUGUUGAUCGGGGUUGCUCGGGGAUGACCGCGUGUCCUCGCAAAUAGGACAGCCGCGCCUACACGUGGAACGAAGUUUGUCGCGAAUGCCAAAUGUCCUUGUUGAUUCAACAAGUACGAGUGUCGAUAUCCACAUGGCAUAGUGAUUUCUUGAUCGCGACAACUUUACAAGUGGGUGACAUAUUGUAUCAUGGUCGAUACCGUCGAAUCACAUGAAUCGCCAAGAAUGUCGAUGCACGAUCAACAUAGUAGAAAUUGCUACUUGAAAAAUCGAGGACUACAAUGAGAAAUUUUCAUCACAUAUACGUCCAAGAUGAACAACCAGAGUAAGAGAUUUAUGACACAAUAAGUCACGUUCCAGUUUCUUACAUUAUUAGUUAACAUCUAACUGCAUCUUACAAUUAGAUAAAGACCUAUCAUAAUAGUUGUGAUUCCAAGAAGAUAUUUCUAUUCUUUGUGCACAUCUUGACUCGAUGUUUAGCAUUUAAAGUUAAAAAAAUUAAAGAAUUAUCAUUGAUA